AUGAAACUUUUCAUUGCUAGAGCUUCUCGAAACAUAAAAGUUCCCAGAACUACUCUGCUUGUGUAUAAAGGUUUCAGGUUUUGUUCAUUGAAUAAAAAUACAAUACAUUUUGAAAAAGAUAUCAUGUUAUUUGUUGAAGAGAACUCACUUGGACAUGGAGAUCUUAACGUCGUUGUUAUCAUUCAAACAAUUACGCAAAAUGUUGAUGAUAUCACUCUUCUUGACAAGCUUCAUUUUGAUAUUUAA